AUGGGGAAACAGAACAGCAAACUUCGCCCAGAGGUGAUGCAGGAUUUGCUGGAAAGCACAGACUUUACUGAGCAUGAGAUCCAGGAAUGGUAUAAAGGCUUCUUGAGAGACUGCCCAAGUGGUCAUUUAUCCAUGGAGGAAUUUAAGAAAAUAUAUGGGAACUUUUUUCCUUACGGGGACGCUUCCAAAUUUGCAGAGCAUGUUUUCCGCACUUUUGAUGCAAAUGGAGAUGGAACAAUAGACUUUAGAGAAUUCAUUAUUGCCCUGAGUGUAACAUCGAGAGGCAAACUGGAGCAGAAGCUGAAAUGGGCCUUCAGCAUGUAUGACCUGGAUGGCAACGGGUACAUCAGCAAGGCCGAAAUGCUGGAGAUUGUUCAGGCAAUCUAUAAGAUGGUUUCUUCAGUAAUGAAAAUGCCCGAAGAUGAGUCAACACCAGAGAAAAGGACAGAGAAGAUCUUUCGCCAGAUGGAUACCAACCGAGAUGGCAAACUCUCCCUGGAAGAAUUCAUCCGAGGAGCCAAGAGUGAUCCUUCCAUAGUGCGUCUCCUGCAAUGUGACCCUAGCAGCGCGGGCCAAUUCUGAACCCCAUUCCCAUUGUCUGAAUGAAUUCUAUAGAGCUGCUUUUUUUUCUUUUUUUUUCCUUUUUUUUUUUGCCAAACAUUGGUGGUGAUGUUGCCUCUGUGUGGCCAGAUAUUCCUUGUUCUGUGACACCUUUUAGCUUCUUUUGUGGAUGUGUUCAUGGGAAUGCCAAGUGCUCUCAUCUGCUUGUCAAGAGCAUGGACAAUACUGUUCUACACAGUUUUUGUGGUGUUCAUUGUUUUAAGGGGUUUUUAUUAUUGUUGUUAUUUUAGUUUAACAGACAUGUUAAACUAAGGAUCAUGGAUGCCAGAGUUCAAAAACUAUGUAACCUUGGCUCAUCGUGCCAGAGGGCUCUAAGAGAUUUUUUAAAAUAUUUAAAAAAAAAAGAGAUCAAAAAAAGAGAUUUAAAAAAACCUUCCCCAUUGUUUAUUGCUGAAUACACCUAAGCGUUCCAAGUACAGAUGCAGUGGGUGACUGUUCCCCAAUAACAAGUUGUACCCUAAGCCUUAGGGCACAGCCACUGAACAGGCUUGAACAAUCAACCCAUAAUGGACCAAUUCCAAUGUGGGCUGUAGUGUCUAAACUGUGAGCAUUACUCACGGUGAAUAAGCAGAAAGCAAGGGCAAGAUGACUCAGCUGGUUUUUAAGACAGGUCUAUACUAGUCAACAUAACAUAACUAUAUUGAGGAAAUAAACGCAAAUCUAUCUUCCAAAACCAGGCCUGUAUCUAGUCGCUCUUUGUGUUAACAGAUAAGAAUGUUGUAAAUAUACAGUGAUGGGUGAUGAAGACAAAAACAGUAUUCUGGAAUGCUGAAGGGAGAUGCAUGUCUAAUGAGAUCUUGGGAAAGGGUGGUAGCAUUCUUAAGGUCUUACUACAAAAGACUGUUUUUGUUUUGUUUUGGUAGCUUAUUAUGAGGUAAGCCAGCUCUAAUGAAUGUCUGACAUGUUGUGUUUUAAAGUCAUAUACUCUGUCUGCCCAGAUGUGCCAGUCAGUAGGUAUAUUUUGUGUAUUUAAAAAAUGAAAAGAAUAUAUCAAAAGGCCCAGUUCUUCAUUUUAUGUUUCCAGGUAAAGGAUACUUGGGAAAGGGAAGGAGUUCAGACUUACAGGGAUGGAAAUCUUAGGCUAUUACCAGGACCAUAAUCAAUAGGAGUGGAAACCUAGUGCUUCAUUGAUGCCUUCAAAAAGAAGAAAAUCAUAGGCGCACAUGCCUUUGGGACUUCCAGAGCCUCAAACCCAAACCUGUGACACUUUUGAGAUACACAUCUUACCAAGUCAGGGAUGUUCCUGAAAUGCAGUCCCCAGUAUCUUUGGCUGGGGUGAUCAUCCAAUUAUUUUGAUAAGGAAUCUGGAGGUGCUGCUGAGAUUGGCAGAGGGCCCCAGGGGAGUGAUGGAUGGGAUAUGAACAAGGCAGCAUUCGCCAUUACCAAAUACACUCAGAAGGCUGGUUUUGGUUCAGGGCCCAUGCCAAGGUGAAGCCAGGUUCUCUACCCUUUUCAUGCAAACUACUGGUUCCUUUAAAUUUCAGAUUAAGAGUUAGAGUCCAACCCCAAGGUGCUAAAUGUCAAUGAACAGCAGGGAAGAGCAUCAUUCUUCACAGUGAUUCAUUGGUUAGUAACUAGAGCUCUUGGGGAGAGACAUCAAGCAUGGCCCACCAAAGAAACAGAUAGGUCCCCAGGUUGGUUCUCCAGCAGAAGUCACCUCUAUAACAGAAAAUACAGAGGGCAAGUAGAGACAUUGCAUUUGGAAACAUUAAAAAAAGCCAUACAAUGAGCUCAUAGAAGCAUAACCUCCAGCCUGUAUUAUUAGCAAUUCAAGAGUCCAUUAAAACUGGUAGUAAAAAAAAUAAUCUAAAUUUGUGCUGUUGGCUUAAAUGAGCCGAAAGUCUCUUUGCAUGGAAUUAUU